CUUCCUUGAUCCCAUCCUAUUUUUUGAUUUGACUUAGGUUGCUCGAAGCUCAAAAUCGGUCAACAUCAGGAAUCACGAAUGGACAUGCUUCUUCGCUCGCGACGACGUGAAGCCAAGCGCAUGGGGAUCACUUGACAGCCUUUCAACAUACUCACGACUGCGAGCGACGCAUGCCAUUGGGAGUCGUCCAAGAAUAGACCGACUGACUGUACUACUAUCCUCUCGUUACCGAGCUUUACCUCGGUCAUCUUAAGAGCUUAGAAGCGGCAGCCAGCUGUCCGACUCUUCCGUGGACCCACGCCCUCGGCGCUAACGCAUUCAUUUAGCCUUUGUGGCAUCGCUCGUGAGAGUUGCUCUUCGCGUAGCCGAGGUCUCGAGAGUCCCUAGGACAGAUGGCAGAUCCUGACAGCCCUGCAUCACCUCAGCUAUCGUCAUCGGCAUCCCGCAAUGUAAGCCCCUUCCAUUCGCUGGCCCUCGGAACACGUCUAGUGCACCGGUCGACCAGCCAGCGCUGCACACUCCGAUACGUUGGUACUAUACCGCCUACUUUGGGACAAUGGUGGGGUGUAGAAUGGGACGAUCCAUUGCGUGGGAAGCACAGCGGCACGUAUGUUGACCCAGCAUCAGGCGAAGCCAAGCAAUACUUCACGUGUCGCCUGGAAGGAGCAGGAACCUUCGUCAGACCCGACGAGCCUGGCAAGCCUCCAAAGUUUGCCAGAGGCGUCAGCUUUCUCAAAGCCUUGCGGGCCAAGUAUGCGCCUGAUCUUCGGCCCACGCAAAUUCAAGAGCAGGACAAAGUGCAAUACACGCGCAAAAAUUUGGCCGAUAUCGAGAUCGAAACGCCCAAUAUGGAUGGUGUUAUCAGACGAGUGGGAAGAUUAGACAAGCUCAGGGAGGUGGGUCUGGGAGGAUGGAAAGGUGGCAACGCUGUGACGCAAGACUCCGAUAAGGAAGAUGCUCUUGAUGUAGGCUGCGCUUUCGACGAGUCGUCUGGCGAGACGGUCGGUGACAUCGCUCGCAUUUGCCCGAACAUUCGAUUGCUCGACUUAUCGAGAUCGUUGCUACCAAGAUGGGAGGACGUAGCAUUCAUCUGCAGAGAGUUGCGGCAGCUCAAUACCCUCAUAUUACACUUCAAUCGCUUUGAGCCUUACUGCUCGGAGGACGCGCGCGUCUUGCAGGGAGCCUUCGACAAGGUCACUGAUCUUCGCUUGGAUGGCACAUUGAUUGGAUGGUCAGAGAUCCUUUUUCUAUCCAAGUACUUUCCAUCCCUGGAGACUUUGCAGAUUGGUAGUAAUGCAUUGGAUCGCUUGUCACCACCUGGUGAUGUUCAAAAUCUGCUCGAUCCACCUCACCAAGCUUUCGCGCACCUCCGUCAGCUCAAUCUGUCCAACAACAACCUCGGCUGUUGGUCAGACAUCUAUCAGGCGCUCAUGGAUUUGCCUAUGUUGGAACGCUUGUACCUGAGCGACAACCGCAUCGGCCGAAUCGCGGUACCGCCCAAUCUUUGCGCUGGCUUCCCAGCUCUGCAGCACAUUACUCUAAACGACAAUCCGGUCAAUGAAUGGAGCGAUCUAGAAGCGCUUGAUGACUGCGUCAGGUGGGCGCCUCAACACGAAGAUGCUGCUGCCAAGGUUGACCAGACCUUGCGCGGGCUACGUAGCUUGACUUUUGCAAUCGGAGCCGGAUCUGUGGAGCACGAAACUUCAAGUCCAAACGAGCCGCGAGGCACACGCAAUGACAAGGAUAAGGUCUUAGCGCAAUCAUCCCUCGAACGACUGAAAGAUCUCCAACCAGGUGACAUCCGCCCAAGCAUCAUCGCUCGGCUUCCACGCCUAGAGAUGCUGAACGGUUCUCCAAUAUCUUCUAGCGAACGCAAAGAUGCCGAGCGGUGGUACAUCGGGCAUGUCCAACGACAGCUUCCCGAGGCGGACGACGAGCAGAGAACGCAAUACUGGAGACGGUACGCGCGGUUGGUGCAAGAGCACGGAGCCCCUUCUUCGCUACCAAACGCCGUGAAGACAACCAGUACUCUAGGCAGCAAGCUUUUGGAGCUUCGCAUACAGGCGUCAUCAUCGGUGCCAAUCGCUCAUACUCCGCAUACGACACCAACGAGUAUUCGACAUUCAGCCAUGCGAGUGCUACGGAGCACACCGAUCAGGCAAUUGCGCAGCAAGUUGGCCAAGCAGCUCAAGAUUUCAGGCGGCGCCGCGGCUAUAGGGUCUGUCUGGGCAAUGCUCGCAGAGGCGGCGCAUCCAGAUGAAGCUGCUGCUGAGGCGGGCAACGGAAGAGGAGACGAGCAGGAGAGGAUCGUCUUUGAAUUGGACGACGACGCUAGGCAGCUCAGCUGGUAUCAGCUGUCGAGCGGAGACUCGAUCAUUGUGGUCAUCGACAGCCCUUGAGCGAGACAAGACAGAAACGCCUGUUCACUUUUGUAACAUACUCAUAUACCACUGUGCGAUCGCAAUGUCACGG